GUCCGUCGCAGCCGCCCAGCGAGACUCGUGUCGCGGCGAUGGGGCGCGCGAGCUGGGCUUGGCCCCGGAGCCUGGUCUUGGCUGGCGCUCUGGCGCUCGGGUCUGCUACAGUGAGAAAUGAAACCUUCACAAAAGGAAGAAGUUUUAUUGGACAUAAAACCAAUGCAAGCAAUACCUCUAGAGCAAUGUACCAAAUAGAUGAAUUCGCAACCCAAGUCCUUACUGGGAAGUUGACUACAGUUUUCCUGCCCAUUGUUUACAUUGUCGUAUUCAUAGUUGGCUUACCAAGCAAUGCAAUGGCCCUCUGGGUCUUCUUCUUGAGAACAAAGAAGAAGCACCCAGCAGUGAUCUAUAUGGCUAACUUGGCCCUGGCAGAUCUCCUCUUUGUGGUUUGGUUCCCUCUGAAGAUUGCGUAUCAUAUUAAUGGCAACAACUGGAUCUAUGGGGAAGGCCUGUGCAAAGUCCUUGUUGGGUUCUUCUACGGAAACAUGUACUGCUCCAUUCUUUUCAUGACAUGCCUCAGUGUUCAAAGGUACUGGGUCAUUGUGAACCCCAUACUGCAUUCAAGGAAGAAAUCGGAAAUCGCCAUCGGAAUUUCAGCUGCAAUAUGGAUCCUGAUUCUACUCGGAACCAUUCCAUUAUAUAUUCCUACCCAAACUGUUUCUAUAGCUAACCUCAACAUCACCACUUGUCACGAUGUUUUGCCUCAUGCACUUUUGGCCAAUGACAUGUAUAGCUACUUCCUCUCUCUAGCUAUUGGAGUCUUCUUAUUCCCAGCCAUUCUGACAGCUGUUUCCUACAUCCUCAUGAUAAAGACUUUGAAUGCUUCCAUUACAGAUGUAAACAUCGGGAAGAAGCGCAAAAGAGCUAUCAAGCUCAUUAUUACGGUGCUUUCCAUGUACUUGAUAUGCUUUGUGCCCAGCAAUGUUCUGCUUGUGGUGCACUAUGCCCAAAUCAAAACCUAUGGUAACAGUAGGAUAUACGCAUCGUACAUCACAGCACUGUGCCUUUCUACUCUAAACAGCUGCAUCGAUCCAUUCAUCUAUUACUUUGUUUCGAAAGACUUUAGGGAUAACCUGAAAAACGCUCUCCUCUGUAGAAGUGUGCGUACUACGAAGAGGAUGCAAGUCUCCCUUUCUUCAAACCGAUACCCAAAGAAAACACCCUCUUAUUCCUCCAGUUCAAACACAACAAAAUCAACUUACUAAAUUUGUGUGUGAGAGGCAGGAAUGCUUGGACUCGCACUGGCAAAGUUUCAUGUAUUUUUAAAAUGGAACUCAUAACCAAAUUUGCUUCAUAGCAGAGCUCUGCCAGAACUGACAAACUGCUGUCUUUUUUCAAAUGGCACAUGCUGAAGGCUUUUAGAAAAAGAAAGGUAACAGAAAACAUGAUAUAGGUACUAUUUUUAAUCAUAUGUGCACCUGUGUCAGAUUUUGUUUUUACAGAGUAAUUAGUCAAUUGACAAGGUAAAUGCUGACAAUCAAAAAUGGGUUGCUAGUAAAACCCAGGUCUACAUUAUAAAAAGGUAGUGACAGACUUAAGUAAUAGCUGAUCUUUAUGUAACAGUUCAAUGAUUUGAGUCUUGAGGGCCAUGCUCUGUGUUUGUGAGACGAGCCCUGUCUUACAACAUAUGCGCAGGAGUAUGUAAACUAAUCAUUCCUGUUUGUCAAAUCUGUUUAUUGCCUCUCUGGAAUGCAAGGAGGCCCUGCAAUACUGUAUUAUGGAUAUUCAUGUGCCUGUACUUUGCACUGAUAAGUAUACCCUCCCUCUCUCCCUCCCUCUCUCAGAUGUGAAUAUGGAACAUGACUAUUAUGCAAUGUUAAUGUAGUUUGCAAGUGUGUGUAUUUUGGAAAAUAACAGUUGUACUUUGCAGCAAUAUUAUAAACUUUUUAUAAAGAGUUACUUUUGAUAUA